GAUGCCUAUAUUAUCCGACCUUGUUGAUGAUUUUAAGCUUCUUGUUCGUUUCUCGGCAGAGUACACCUACCAUGAUGUUUUCGAAUCAGAUUCUGGAGAUGGUCAAUUAGUAAGGCGACGUCGGAAGGAGGAAAAAUGGAGGAAAGGGAAACACCUUGGGGAAGGGAGCUUUGGUGCUGUUUGGUUAGAACAGUGUCUGUCAGGUGAUAGUCAAGCUAAGUUUCGUGCUGUGAAGAUGGUACCAAAAGUAUCUCCCUUCUCCCAGGUUGUCGAUUACACGCGCGAGUUGGAAGCAAUUGCGAAAUUUUCCCUUCAGAAGGUGAAGGCUCUGGAAUAUGUCGCUGAUGUUAGUCAGUACAACGGUUUCUUUGUAAGAUCAUCUGGUUGGUAUGAAGAUGUGGAGCACGUGUUCAUCGCCAUGGAAUACUUCGAGCAAGGCGAUCUUCAGAAACACCUAGGCCGGCCACUUCCCGAACGAGAAUGCAAACAAAUUACUCAUCAACUACUUGAGGGCCUUGAACAACUACAUGUCAAUGGGUUUGCCCACCGAGAUCUAAAACCAGCAAAUAUAUUCGUUGUUCGGAGCAGUCCUAACUGGUGGGUUAAGAUUGGCGACUUCGGAAUCAGCAAACGUGUCAAUGACGAAAGCACGUUCCUUCGAACAGCGGUUGGUACACCUGGUUUCGUCGCACCUGAGGUUCUGGAAUCCGAUGAGCCGGAUGCUCAUUACGAUUACAAGGUGGAUAUCUGGUCGCUUGGUGUCAUAGCGCACUAUGCGAUCACUACAACACUUCCGUUCAGGGAAAAGGCCCACUUGCGGAGUUAUUUACAAGACUCAUUUUUUCCCACAUCGGCUUUAAUCUCUCAGGGUGUCAGCCUCGAGUGUCGUGAUUUCAUUAUAAAGGGUCUACUGGCUGCAACUGCUACUAGCAGACUGUCCGCAAGUGAUGCUCUACGGCAUCAGUGGUUGGAAGAUUUCUGUGCGUCACACACAACAGACAUUAAUACAACAGAUCUGGAAGGACAUUCAAGCGAUGCUUCUGCCUCACCUAAGUCUACGGACGCUUCAGCAAAAUGGAGUGCACCAACUGGGACUGAAUACCAAGAUGCACCACUAAUGAUAGGUCAGACUAACAGAAUGGAGGGGUUACUCUCAUCAAUCCUUCCAUCUCCUAAUGGUAUGCAAGACCAAAACGAUGCCCUUUGGCACAGUCAUACAGGACUUGAAUUCUUGUACCAAGCUGGUUCCUCCUUCUAUCAGCUUAAACAGUUCAAAGAAGCAGAGGCCAUGUUCCACCGAGCUCUACAAGGGCAAGAAAAGGUUCUGGGAUAUGACCACGCAGACACGACCAAUUCCGCACACUGGCGUGGACGCUGUUUCUAUCAGCUCGAACGGUUCGAAGAAGCACAUGCCAUAUUUCACCGUGCUCUGCAAAGGCAAAAGAAGAUGUUGGGCCACGACCAUACAGACACGUCUAACUCCGCGCACUGGCUUGGCCGCACUCUCCAUCAGCUCAAACGGUACGACGAAGCAGAGAAUGUACUUCACCGAGCUCUAAAAGGGCAAGAGAAGGUGCUGGGCCAUGACCAUGCAGACACGAUCAAUUCCGCACACUGGCUGGGCCACUCUCUCUAUCAGCUCAAACGGUACGACGAAGCAGAGAAUGUACUUCACCGAGCUCUAAAAGGGCAAGAGAAGGUGCUGGGCCAUGACCAUGCAGACACGAUCAAUUCCGCACACUGGCUGGGCCACUCUCUCUAUCAGCUCAAACGGUACGAAGAAGCUGAGAAUAUACUUCACCGAGCUCUAAAAGGGCAAGAGAAGGUGCUAGGCCAUGACCAUGCAGACACGAUCAAUUCCGCACACUGGCUUGGCCUCUCUCGCUAUCAUAUGAAACAAUACAAAGAGGCAGAGGACGUUCUUCGACAAUCUUUACAAGGACAAGAGAAGGUGUUGGGCCUCGACCAUGCGGAUACUCUCAAAUCUGCACACUGGCUUGGCCAGUCUCUUUUUGAGCAGAAUAGGUAUAAAGAAGCAGAGGCCAUGCUCCGACAAGCUCUAACAGGGCAAGAGAAGGUGCUGGGCCAUGACCAUGCAGACACUCUCGAAUCUGCGCAUUGGCUUGGCCAGUCUAUUUGUGAGCAGAAACGGUACAAAGAAGCAGAGAAAAUGCUCGGUCGUUCUCUACAAGGGCGGAAGCAGGUUCUAGGUCAGGACGACGCAAACACACUUCUCUCUGCAGAGUGGCUUGGCAAAUCUCUGUAUGGGCAGCAGCAAUACAAAGAAGCAGAGAUAAUGUUCCAUCAUGCCUUACAACGGCGAGAGAAGAUCUUUGGCCGAGACCAUCCAUCAUCACGGCACACUAAAGCUUUGGCUGACAAGGCAUAUCGCCGAACUCGAUUCCCAUAUAAUUUAGUGUACAAUGCCCAUAUUCCGUACCAGCCGAAAUGA